AUGUCCGGCUUCAGACCCCUUCAGACGAUUCGGGACUUUUUCCUCCCCCGGCCGAUGGCGCCGAUGCGGACCGGCGAUGACGAGGCGUCCGGCGCCUCGCCGCCGAUCAGCCCCCGCGCCGAGGCGCUGCAAUACCAGCAGCCAUACCAGCAGCAGCAGCAGCAGCAGCAGCAGCAGCAGGCUUUCAUGCAGCAGGUCCCCACCGGCCACGCGUACAAUGGCCGGGGGCCCGGGGCCGGCGGCGCGCCGGACAGCGAUCCGCACCUGCACGGCCUCCGGCCGAAGACCGUCGAGCACCGCCAUGUGCGCGACGCCGUCGAGCCAUAUGACGGGUACCAGCCGCUGCGUGGCAGCGGCAACAGCAGCGGCAGUGGCCCCUCGAAGCCCAUCCCGGCCGCGGGCCCCCCGACGCUGCAGCAGCAGCAGCAGCAGCAGCAGAUGAACGACGGCGGGCGCGCGGCCAUGGCCGGGUCCCAGGCCGCCGCGGCGGCGGCGGCGGCGGCCGCCGCCCGGCAGCAGCAGAACUACCCCGGGCAGUUCCACGACACCAUGGCCGACACGAAGACCAUCAACGGGGUGGCCUUCACGGACAAGGACCUGGCCGCCCUGCACCGGGCCAUGAAGAAGGACCUGCCGCGGAACCAGCUCAACGACCGCGAGCGCCUGCCCUCGCCGCACGCAUUCCAGCCGCCGCAAAGCACCUUCCUGCCCAAGGGCACGGACGUCAUGCGCAGCAACAACCAGUUCCUGGGCCAGGCCACGCUGGCGCACCCGAAGCCCCCGCGCCUGCCGGAGUCGCCCUGA